AGCUCAUUGGUGCUGAACCUCCACUCCGAAAACGCAAUUUUCCUUUUUCAUACCGAAAGAAAUCCCGGGAUUACGUCUGCAUGAACAUGUUUGGGAUAAAAGCCAUGAUUGCAAACUGCAAUAUCAACGGAAACGUACAUUAAAUCGCCAAACGUGCAGUGAUACUGCACGCAACAAUGGGGUCCUCUUUAAAAAUGCAGUCUUGCAGAAGGUACGUGCUGCUCGUUAUUUGUCUUUCCUUCGUUCGUAACAUAUCGACCUCAGAGACUCAUUAUUCAAUACCAGAAGAAAUGAAGGAAGGAUCAGUUUUAGCUAACCUUGCUACAGAUCUCAGCCUGGAUGUUAAGACACUGAAUCAGAGAAAGAUGCGUCUUGACAGUAUUGCAAAUAAGAAAUAUCUGGAUGUGAACAAAGAGACUGGAGAACUGUAUAUUGUAGAGAAAAUUGACAGGGAAAACAUUUGCCCAAGCAAGUCAUCAGCGUCUUGUUACCUCCGAUUGGAGGUAAUACUUGAAAAUCCACUACGAAUCUUUAACAUAGAAGUGGAAAUUUUGGAUAUGAACGACAACGCCCCGCAAUUUCGGAGAGAGGCCAUACAUUUAGAUAUAUCUGAAGCAACGCCAAAAGGAGAGAGAUUCUCUCUCAGCAAUGCAGUUGAUCCUGACGUUGGAAGCAAUUCAGUAAAAACCUACCAUCUGAGUGAAAGUGAACAUUUUAAUAUUGAAGUUCAGACUGGAAGAGAUGGAUCGAAAUCUGCAGAAUUAAUCUUAACAAAGAGUUUAGACCGAGAGCAGCAGGCUGUGCAUAAUUUAAUUCUCACAGCUGUAGAUGGAGGCACACCUGCACGUUCUGGCACUGCAAGUGUUAUCGUUCAUGUUUCCGACACGAAUGACAACACUCCUACUUUUGAAAAAAACAAUUAUGGUAUUAAAAUCAUGGAAAAUUCUCCCAUUGGGAGUCUUGUUGUUCAUCUUAAUGCAACAGACUUAGAUGAGGGGUCCAAUUCUGAUAUAACAUACUCCUACAGUUUAUAUACUUCUGAGAAAACGCAGGAAACAUUUAAUCUGAAUCCUUCCUCUGGUGAAAUUACUGUUAAAGGAAUGUUAAAUUAUGAGGAUUUCAGGAUGUAUGAUAUGGAAGUUAUAGCAACAGAUAAAGGAGCUAAUAGUUUAUCAGGACAAUGCACUGUACAAAUUCUGGUUGAAGACAUGAAUGACAACCACCCAGAAAUAUCUAUUAAAUCCUUUCAGAGUCCAGUCAAUGAAAACAUAGAAUUAGACACAGUGAUAGCAGUGGUGAGUGUCAGUGAUAAAGACUCAGGGGACAAUGGAGUGGUUGAUCUUCACAUUCCAGAUAACAUGCCUUUCAAACUGAGGGAGUCCUCUGAUAACUAUUAUGAAUUAGUGGUGUCAGAGCCGUUAGACCGUGAGAGGGUCCCUGAAUAUGACAUCACUUUCACUGUGACAGACAGAGGCUCUCCUCCUUUAUCUGACAAUGAAACAAUGACCUUAGAGCUGCUGGAUGUUAAUGACAAUGUGCCACAGUUCCCUCAGUCAUUUUAUACUAUACGUGUGGAGGAGAAUAACGCUCCUGGAGCCCUGCUCAGUUCCCCAACUGCGUUUGACCCUGACCUCCAUGAAAACCAGUAUCUAGUGUAUUUCAUCCUAGAGAGGGAGAUAGCCAACACCUCCAUGUCCAUGCUGUUCUCCAUCAACCCAGAGAACGGGAAUCUUUACGCACUAAAAACUUUUGACUAUGAGAUUGAGAAGGAGUUUCUCUUCCACAUCGAGGCCAGAGACUCUGGCUCUCCUCCUCUCAGCAGUAACGUGACGGUGCACAUCAUCAUUGUGGACCAGAACGACAACGCUCCGGUUAUUGUCUCUCCGUGGCGCGCACACGGCUCGGUGGUGGAGGAAAAGAUCCCCAGAUCCACCGAUAAAGGCUCUCUGGUUUCUAAAGUGAUAGCCUUGGACACAGACUCGGUGCACAACUCCCGGAUCACCUACCAGUUCCUGCAGGUGACUGACGCCACCUUGUUCAGUCUGGACCAAUACAACGGAGAGAUCCGGACCAUGAGGAUGUUCAGCUACAGAGACCCGCGCCACCAGAGACUGGUUGUUGUUGCCAAGGACAACGGGCAGCCUGCCCUCUCUGCUACAGUCACCAUCAAGCUGUCCACAGUGGAGACUGCCGUGAAGGCCUACUCUGACAUGACCGAGGUGCCUCUAGAAUAUGACAUCUUCUCAGACCUCAACCUGUACCUGGUCAUCGGUCUGGGCUCGGUGUCAUUUCUCCUGCUGAUCACCAUACUGGUCACCAUCGUGAUCAAGUGUCAGAAACCCAAGCCAAGCAAAGCGGCUCCUCCCUGCAGGAACAGUGUGAUCAGUGAGAGGAACUCCACCAUUGCAGACUCCACUCUGGUCUCCAACGACGCCUACUGGUACAGUAUGCUUCUAGCAGAGACCAGGAAAGGAAAGAUGGUGGUGAGACAGCCUGUGCCAAAGGGCUCCAGAUACAUCGUGUCCAGUUUACCACGAGGCACUGGACUCACAGACACUAGUGGAUCAGCAGCCUCCACCCUGCAGGUGAGAGUCUAA